AUGGCAUCCAAGAAGCCAAAUCCCAUGGAAGAACUACCAGCUUCCUCCCCCGAAGAUGAAGAGAUUUCUUCUGAUGAAGUUGCUUCCUCUGAUGAUGAACAAACUGAAGAACCCACAAAACCUUCUUCUCCUCCUCCUCAACAAACCCAGAAACCAACCCACUCUGUAACUUCUGCCCCUCAAUCCAAAUCCUCUAGCUCCGAAGAAGAUUCCGAAUCUGAGUCCGACACCGACUCCGAAUCAACUCCUAAGCCUAUUGCCACCGAACCCAUGAAACAAACCCCGAAAGCCACCACCACAAAACCAAGGGCGAAAGCUCCGGCAAAACGCCCCAGUGAGGCGGAAGAGUCUCUGAAGGACUCGAAACGGGCGAACAAGAAGGAAACAAGUGCGGAUCAGGAUGAUGACGAUCAGAAGAAGCCGGGAGAGGAUAUGAAAAAGCAGCUUUUUCAAAGGGUAUGGAGCGAGGAUGAUGAAAUCGCUGUAUUGAAGGGGUUGAUUGACUUCACCACGAAAAAAGGGAUGGACCCGUAUCAAGAUACGAAUGCGUUUCAUGAUUUUAUCAAGAAAUCGCUUCAUGUGGAAUUUACAAGAAUUCAAGUGAUGGAAAAGAUUAGGAGAUUGAAGAAGAAGUAUGAGAACAAUCUUGGGAGGAAAGGUGAAGAUACGACUUUUUCGAAACUCCAUGAACAACAAGCUUAUGAUUUGUCUAGAAAGCUAUGGGGCAAUGGAAGUACUAGUGGUGUCCUCGAAUCGGCGGCAAAGUCUAACGGCAAAGCAAAAAAGAAUCAAAACCAGAAAGGGAGUAGUGAUAAGGAAAGGGAGAAGAUGGAUAUUGAUAAUGAUAAGAAAGGGAGCCUGCUUUUGGAGGAGUUUGUAAUCAACCAGGGUUUAGAUAUGAUUGGAGGAGACAAAAAAAGGGAAUUGGAGGAAAGGUGGAAGAAGUUGCAGAUUGCUCAGUUGCAGUUGUUUGUGGAGCGGACUGAUCUGAUUAAGGAGCAGACUGAGUUGGUGUUGGAGGUCAUGAAAUCAUCCAAUCAUUAG